AUGGCAUCUCGGGCUCUCCGGCACGCCAGUUGGGCUCCUACAGCUCUCCGCACUUCCAUAUUCCCCAGGACUCGCCCUAUCGCAUUGCUACAACCGCACUUUCCAACAGCACCACUUCGCAGCUUCAAAACGCAAACACCCGUUUCCCAAACUGGCAAUAAUACCAACACAACUGCAACCCCCUCCGCUUCCAUUCCUUCGACGCCAGAGAGACCCUCCACUACAGCUACCACAACCGCGCCAGCCGCCAAAAACCCCCUAUCCGUCCAAAACAUUCUCAAGUCGGGCCUAAACGAUCAACCUCCCGAAGUAGACCUUGAUGCGGACGCGGUAAACAAUGGCCAGGUAGACUGGACCCGAUCUUAUUUUGGUCUCAGCGCCGAGCCGUUCUCAAAAGAAAUCAGUGCAAUCCUUCUGCAACCUCUUGAAGCCGAGGAUGUGGAAAUCAAGCCCGAUGGGAUCGUAUAUCUUCCGGAAAUUAAAUAUCGCCGGAUAUUGAAUAAAGCAUUUGGCCCUGGAGGAUGGGGUUUGGUACCGCGAAGUGAGAGUAUAGUCACGGCAAAAGCGGUGACGAGGGAGUAUGCUCUUGUUGCCCAUGGACGUCUUAUUUCCAUUGCACGUGGUGAACAGGCUUACUUCAACCCUGAUGGGAUCCCCACAGCCACAGAAGGAUGCAAAUCCAAUGCUAUGAUGCGAUGCUGCAAGGAUCUAGGCGUAGCCAGUGAACUGUGGGAUCCGCGCUUCAUUCGCCAAUUCAAGCGCAACUAUGCCAAAGAAGUAUUUGUCGAGCACGCUGUCACUAAGCGGAAAACGAAGUUGUGGAUUAGAAAAGACGACGAGGUUGGUUAUCCAUGGAAGCCUUCUAGAUAA